AUAUAUAUAUAUGAAAUAAGUUUGUAAAAGUAUUAAAUGCUUAUAAAUCUUAAAUGAUAGAUGCAAAAAGGAUGUUUUACAACAACAAUAUCAAAAAAUUGGAAAUAACGAGUAAAUUACGCCACGCAAUAGAUUAUACUGCUUUAAAUGAAAGGAAAAAAAAAUUAAAUUCUCCGUCUUAUCUGACGUUCGUAUUAUCCGUUAGUCUUUGUCGGUUGAAGGAGACUUUGUAUUUCGUCUAUUAUUGCUCAUUAAUUUGGAAAAUAUAUUAUAAAUUAUGACAGAAUAUUUUGUUGGUGUUGACGUGGGAACAGGAAGUGUUCGCGCGGCUCUUAUUUCCGAGGAUGGAAAAACAAUAAAUCUCGCUAAUCAUCCGACAAAAACAUUUAAUCCUUUAGAAGAAUUUUAUGAACAAUCAUCGAAUAACAUCUGGGAAUCAGUUUGUCAUGUUGUUAAAAAAGUUGUUGCUAACGUUCCAAAAAAUAAUGUCAAAGGAAUUGGAUUUGCUGCUACGUGUUCUUUAGUAGUUUUGGAUAAAAAUGGAUCUCCAGUGACUGUUAGUCCAUCUGGCGAUGAUGAUCGAAAUAUUAUUCUUUGGAUGGAUCAUAGAGCAGAGGAGGAAGCAAAAUUUAUUAAUUCAACAAAUCAUCAAAUUCUUAAAUAUGUAGGUGGGAAAAUAUCAUUAGAAAUGGAAGCGCCAAAAAUGCUUUGGUUAAAGAAAAACUUACCAUCAACUUGGUCCAGGGCACAGCUUCUUUUUGAUCUUCCUGAUUUUCUCACGUGGCGUGCAACUAAUUCUGAAUCUCGUUCAUUGUGUUCUUUAGUUUGUAAAUGGAAUUAUGUUGCAAGUCCUAAAAAAAAUGGUUGGGAUUUGGAUUUUUAUGAAAAAAUUGGAUUAGCUGAUGUUGCGAAAAACAAUUGGAAACGAAUUGGUUCCGAAGUAAAAGUUCCUGGAGAAGCUGUUGGUUUGGGUUUAUCAAAACGUGCAGCUGUUGAAUUAAAUUUAUUAGAAGGAACGCCUGUUGGAACGUCAAUUAUUGAUGCUCAUGCCGGUGGAUUGGGAAUGCUCGGUUGUGAUUCUCCCGAUUUUUCUGUCGAAUUAACAGCUAGAUUGGGUCUAAUUUGCGGAACUUCAACGUGUCACAUGGCAGUGAGUGAGAAAGAGAUUUUUAUACCAGGUGUCUGGGGUCCUUAUUACAAUGCAAUGUUUCCCAAUUUGUGGCUGAGUGAAGGUGGACAAAGUGCUACAGGAAAAUUGUUAGAUCAUAUUAUUGACACACAUCCGGCUUCCGCUUUAAUUCGAAGUCAACUUGAUUCAAAAAUACACAUACAGCAGUAUUUAUUUAAUUUAAUAAAAUUAAUUGCGAGGAAAGAAAAUCUCUUACACGAAUCUCUUUUAACAAAAGAUCUUCAUGUUUGGCCCGAUUUUCAUGGGAAUCGAUCGCCACUUGCUGAUUCAACGCUUAGAGGAAUGGUGACAGGACUCUCAUUGUCUUCUGACGAGGAAAAUUUAGCAAAAUUAUAUUUAGCAACUUUACAAGCCAUCACUUACGGAACUAAACAUAUAAUCGAGGCAUUAAAUUCAUCGGGUCAUGAAAUAAAGGCAAUUUUAAUUUGCGGUGGCUUAAGACACAGUGAAUUAUUUAUACAAACUCAGGCUGAUGUUUUGGGAUUACCCGUUCUUAUACCCACAGAAAAGGAGCCUGUUAUGUUGGGCGCUGCAAUUUUGGGUGCUAGUGCUGGGAAAUAUUUAACUGUUCAAAAAGCUGUAAAUGCAAUGAAAAGUUCUUCACGAAUUGUCAAGCCUAGAGCCGAAACAUAUUCAUUCCACUCUCGUAAAUAUCGAGUCUUUAAAAAAAUGGUUAAGGAUCAACAAGAGUACAAAAAGUUAAUGAGCGAGCCUCUUUAACAUUUUUUGAUAUUUAUGAUAAAAUCUAUAUAAUAUAUAUAAAUUGACAAAAAUGAGAAUAUAACAUGAAUUCAUGUAAAAAAUGAAAAUAUAUUUUUUUUAUUCAAAGUAUAUAUAUAUAAAAUAUAUAUACAUUUUAUAAUCGCAGUUUGUAUAUCAGUUUUUUUCGUCGAAUACAAUUUACAAUAAAAAUAAAAUACAUAAAUCUAAA